CAAUCUCAUUUCAUCAGAUAAUAAUAAUAAUCAUCAAAUUCAUUAACCGUUUUAUCCAUCUCUAAAUUACAAGAAAAUUCAUUUCAUUUUUUCAACAAAAAUUUUGAAUUCUUUUUUUCUUUUUUCUUGUUAAGAUAAGAUAUACAGUUACAUCUUUUUGAUCUUAUGAAUUUGAAGGAUCCGAUUACCGAUCGAGUGAUCAAAUUAGGUUAAAUUCGCCGAUUGAUCAAGCAUUUGGUUUCGAUCGUCUUGUUUUUGCAGCUCCUCUGAUAAUUGGAGGGUUAAACGGGAUAAUUAGGGUUAUGAAUUGGAUAUAAAUUGCAUGGGUGACGAUGCCACAACUGCGAAGUGGAGCACGGAGAUCAAAACGGCUUGGUGAUCUUCAGCUUGCCACAGAACCAAUUGAUCAAGCUGAAAACGUCGUUACAACUCAAAACAGAACCAGAAGGAAAACUGGUGGGGGUAGGGGAAGAGGUGAUGCUGCAGGUGUAUUGAAAGGGAGACAAGCGGCUGGUGGUGGAAGAGGAAGAGGCGUUAGAGUGAUUGAUUUGGACCAGGAACCACCCCUUGUGACUGUUCCUAGGAAUCCUCCUGUGCCUGUGGCUCUUGGAGUUUCUAAGCCACUUGGUACGCCGGUUCUGAAUUUUAUAGACGUGGUUGCAGAUAAAGAUAUUGCCAUGGAAGGUGGAAGUGGUGAUAAAUUAUUGGGGGUUGAAGAAGAAGGAAACACAACCCCCGUGCCCGAGAAGGUACAAGUGGGUAGUUCACCGACCUAUAUCACGGAAAGAAAGUUGGGGAAGGGUGGUUUUGGGCAGGUUUAUGUUGGUAGGAGGCUAAGUGGUGGUAUCGGAAGAACGGGCCCAGAUGCAGUCGAGGUAGCAUUGAAAUUUGAGCACCGUAAUAGUAAAGGUUGCAAUUAUGGCCCUCCAUACGAGUGGCAAGUUUACAGCACAUUGAAUGGAUGUUAUGGGGUGCCUGGGGUUCACUACAAGGGCCGGCAAGGUGAUUUUUACAUUUUGGUUAUGGACAUACUUGGACCUAGUCUUUGGGAUGUGUGGAAUUCUCUAGGCCAAUCGAUGUCACCGAGUAUGGUGGCUUGCAUUGCGGUCGAGUCGAUAUCAAUCCUUGAAAAGCUUCACUCGAAGGGAUUUGUACAUGGAGAUGUGAAGCCAGAAAAUUUUCUACUUGGUCAACCAGGAUCCGUGGAUGAAAAGAAGUUAUAUCUUAUUGAUCUUGGUUUGGCAUCAAAAUGGAAAGAUUCAUCAUCCAGUCAGCAUGUUGAAUAUGAUCAACGGCCAGAUAUAUUUAGAGGCACAAUAAGGUAUGCCAGUGUGCAUGCACAUUUAGGUCGUACAGGAAGUAGAAGGGAUGACCUUGAGUCGCUUGCAUACACAUUGAUAUUUCUUAUCAAGGGAAGGUUACCAUGGCAAGGGUACCAGGGAGACAACAAAAGUUUUCUUGUUUGUAAAAAGAAAAUGGCAACCUCACCUGAGAUGAUGUGUUGCUUUUGUCCCGCCCCAUUUAAAAAUUUUCUUGAAGCAGUAACAAAUAUGAAGUUUGACGAGGAGCCUAAUUAUCCAAAGCUUAUAUCUUUAUUCGAGAGUCUUAUUGAACCCGUUACAUCACUAAGACCAAUCAGAAUUGAUGGUGCACUUAAGGUUGGACAGAAACGCGGUAGGUUGCUAAUAAAUUUGGAAGAAGAUGAACAACCGAAAAAGAAAGUACGCUUAGGUAGUCCUGCUACACAGUGGAUUUCUGUAUAUAACGCUCGUCGGCCAAUGAAGCAAAGAUAUCAUUAUAACGUUGCAGAUGCAAGACUUCGUCAGCAUGUAGAGAAGGGUAAUGAAGACGGUUUAUACAUCAGCUGUGUGGCAUCAUCGUCGAAUCUUUGGGCCUUAAUUAUGGAUGCAGGCACUGGAUUUUGUGCGCAAGUUUAUGAAAUUUCACCUAUUUUCCUUCACAAGGACUGGAUUAUGGAACAGUGGGAAAAGAAUUUUUACAUUAGCUCAAUAGCUGGUGCAGCCAAUGGAAGCUCGUUGGUUGUUAUGUCUAAAGGAACACCUUACACUCAACAAUCUUACAAAGUGAGUGAAUCGUUUCCAUUUAAGUGGAUUAGCAAAAAGUGGAAAGAAGGAUUUCACGUCACUUCCAUGACUACUGCUGGCAGUCGAUGGGGUGUUGUGAUGUCAAGAAACGCAGGCUUCUCUGAACAGGUUGUAGAACUUGAUUUUCUUUACCCAAGUGAAGGAAUACAUCGUAGAUGGGAAAGUGGAUACAGAAUAACCUCGAUGGCAGCUACAGCAGAUCAAGCUGCUUUCAUACUGAGUAUCCCAAGGCGCAAAAUGAUGGACGAGACCCAAGAAACUUUAAGAACGUCUGCCUUUCCAAGCACCCAUGUGAAGGAGAAGUGGUCGAAAAAUCUGUAUAUUGCAUCAAUGUGUUAUGGUCGAACCGUUUGCUGACUCAUGCUGGUAACCGCUGCUAUAUAUUGCUGAAAAACGACCAGGCUUCAUCUAUACUUUUAGAAUCUGGGAUCAUGUGAGCAUAUAGUUGCGGGUAUGUAAAGAUUGUCAUGCUAUGUUGCUGUAAAAUCAAAAUAGAAGUGAUAAGAAAAACAGAGGGAACUUUGAGAGAUAGAAGAACAAAGAGAAAUGUGUGUCAAAUUUGAGUUUAAGUUAAGGUGCAGAUGAAUGAGAACAUCUGGUUUGUUGUCGGUCUCCAUUCUAACUGUUGUACCUUUUUCAAGAUUUUAUCAGUUGGGAAAAUGAAAUCUCUAUGUAUCUAUCUGUAUGAAGUAAUCCAUUAAAGUCGAGUAUAACUGUUAUGUGAUUUUGCUGGCAUAUAUACACAUUUGAUUUUAUUUAUUA